AUGCAUCGAUAUAUAAAGAGAGGACAGUACAUGGAUGAAGAAAUUGGGCGUCCACGGCUGGUUGUACAGACAAAUAGUAUAGCAGAAACAAACAAAGAGAUGCCGGGAAUUAGAAAGAAUGAGAAAAUCAGUUAUCGUACCGUGGGGCCCUUUUUCAUUAUACAAUUAGUGAAACCUGGGAAUUUAAAUGCUUUAGAGGGAGAAGAUUAUAUUUACCUGGGAGAACUGCUGGAAUUGGCAGACAAAGACCCACACGUGUAUUUCACAGUUUUACAAAGCAGCGGUAGGUUUUUUUCGAGUGGGGCAGACUUCAAAGGCAUUGCAAAGGCACAGGGAGACAGUAGCAUUGAAUACGCAUCAGAAACAAGCAAAUGGCUGUCCAAUUUUGUCGCUAGGAACGUAUAUGUUACAGAUGCGUUUAUCAAGCAUUCCAAGGUUUUGAUUUGCUGUUUGAACGGACCAGCUAUAGGGAUGAGUGCGGCGUUGGUGGCAUUAUGUGACAUCGUGUACAGUAUGAACGACAAGGUCUACUUGCUGUACCCAUUUGCCAACUUGGGACUGGUCACCGAAGGCGGCACGACGGUUUCGCUGCCUCUAAAGUUUGGCGUAAACACGGCGUAUGAGCACCUGAUGUUCAAUAAACCAUUCAAGUACGAUACACUGUGCGAGAGCGGGUUCAUAAGCAAGAAUUUCAACAUGCCAUCGGCAAGCAGCGAAGAGUUCAAUACGGCGGUUUUGGAAGAGCUGGGACGCAAAGUGGAAGGGUUGUAUUUGCCCAGUUGCCUGGGAAUGAAGAAAUUGCUCCAGUCGAACCACAUUGACUCACUGAACAAGAUCAAUUCGAUGGAGGUGAAUGAAUCGCUGAAGUACUGGGUGGACGGAGAGCCUUUGAGAAGAUUUAGCCAAUUGGGCUCCAAACAGAGAAAACAUCGGUUAUAG